AUGUAGACAGUAAUGUAUAUCCCAGCUCCCCUAUACUCCAUUAUAGUGAUAUGACAUGUAUACAGUACUUACUCCUAGUCCCUCCAAGUCCCCCGCGGCCGUGGAGAGGGUGUCUCUCCUGCACCUGUCCCCUCAGCGGCGGUGCCGCAGAAACCGGAAACCAGAAGUUGUAAACCGGAACUCAGCUUCACAAUGAGGCUUGGAGCGCAGCUCGCCGCUCGCCACAGAGGAAUUUCUCCUCGCAUUUGGCGAGCAGACGAGUGUCUUUUUCAAGCCAU